GUUAUAUAAGUUCAUAAAACAGAAGCUGAGCCUAUUGAUCUCUUCUUACUCUAGAAGCUUCUUUACCAAUGUAAAAAAAAAUAGUGGUAAAUUUGCUUUACUGUCUUCUAGAGACGGAGAGGAUAGCACAGAAAAUGUAUGGAUAGUCUCACUGAAGAAUAAAGUACACCACAUAGAAACCUUGGCAUCGGGUGGAGUCCUGAGUUGAAUGUCUAUCUUUCAAUAUUUCAUUGACAAAACAACUGUGUUAUAAAAUCAAAAAAAUUUUUGGAAUCUUUCUAAUUGGCUUCUGUUUUUAAAAACUUUAGUCUCUUUGUUUGUUCUUUAAGUCUUUGCCCUAUUUUUCUUUUUCUAGUUUUUCAGACCACUAUAUGGAGGUUGAUUUCUGGAAUCUUAGGAGGAAUAUGUCUUUUGCUGAUGGCUGUCUUGGGAAUUUUAUUGAAUAAUUACUCUGACUGCUGUUCUUGUCCAGAAAAGUGGAUUGGGUACCGAUGCAGCUGUUACCUAAUUUUUAAUGCAGAAAAAACUUGGGCAGAAAGUAGAAAUUUCUGUGCUUCUCAGACUUCCAGUCUACUUCAGCUGAAAAGCAGAGAUGAAUUGGAUUUUUUGAACUACCAUCAACAGUUUUACUGGCUUGGGAUCUCUUUUAUUGAAACAAGUAGCACCCGGUUGUGGGAGGACAGCUCUGCUCCCUCCCCGGAUCUAUUUUCCUUGUUUCAGGCUUUGAACCCCAAGAACUGUAUAGUGUAUAGUCCAAACAAAGAGUUUUAG